GGUAUAUGCCUGCAUUCAUCAAUUUUUUACUAUUCCUCCAAAAUUUCCAACUCAAGUAUUUUUAGUUUUCUAAUGACCAAAACGCAAGCUUACUCCUGUUAUUAUAUUGAUCACACCAAAGAUCGGAUCACAGGAAGAUUUGUCAUACGUAUUCCGAUAAAAAAUAGCAAAUCCCAAGCCAAAUAAAAACUAGACUAAGCUUCCUUAGCGUGAAUCUGGACCGUCAGCUCUCCGUUCGUCCUCGACGGACGGCUCGAUGACGCAGACCCGUGGACGGCGCACCGGUCCAAAGUCAAAAGGGCAAGAGGGGGCAAAAAGGGAGAAAUUUCCUCUCACAAAACCCUCGCCAGCUUAUCCCCCUUCCUCCCUCACACGAUCUCUCCUCGACGGCUAACCCGGAUUGCCGUCUCAGGCUCGGGAUCCGGGCGCUCGCGGCGAUGGACGGCGGCGGCGGCGCUGGCGGCGCGGAGGGGGAGCUCACGGCGCAGGAGACAGCGCUCUACGACCGCCAGAUCCGCGUCUGGGGCGUCGAUGCCCAGAAGAGACUAAGUAAGGCGCACGUGCUUGUGUGUGGCAUGAACGGAACCACCAUCGAGUUCUGCAAGAAUAUUGUUCUAGCUGGAGUUGGAAGUUUAUCCUUGAUGGAUGAUAAUGUAGUCACAGAGGAGGAUCUGAAUGCAAAUUUCCUAAUUCCUCCUGAUGAGAGCAUAUAUGGUGGUAGAUCUCGAGCCCAAGUUUGCUGCGAGUCUUUGAUAGAUUUCAAUCCUAUGGUUCGAGUUUUUGUUGAAAAGGGUGAUCCAUCAUUAAUUGAUGGAGAAUUCCUUGACAAGUUUGACAUUGUUGUACUUAGCCGUGCAUCUCUUAAAACAAAGAAAAAGCCUGGAGGAGCAACUGAACAACAGGAGUUGACAUAUUCUAGCCUUCAGGAAGCUAUCUCUGUGCCUUGGAAUAGUCUACCGAAGAAGACGGCAAAAUUAUACUUUGCUAUGAGAGUACUGGAGGAUUAUGAAUUAUCUGAAGGGCGCAGCCCUGGCGAAACAACACUUUCUGAUAUAGAUGCAGUUCUGGCUCGGAGGAAGGAUAUGUGUGAUAAAAUGUCUUUGAAUGAGUCUCGUAUUCCUACUACUCUCGUGGAACGACUGCUAGCAGCUGGAAAGAAGGAGCAUCCUCCUGUAUGUGCUAUCCUUGGUGGUAUUCUUGGUCAGGAGGUGAUCAAAUCGAUAUCCUGCAAGGGCGAUCCAGUCAAGAAUUUCUUCUAUUUCGAUGUGGCUGACGGUAAAGGUGUCAUCGAGGAUAUCCCACCACCACCACCUGCAAAAUAAAGCACUCAGCUGCGUAACUCUCGACUCGACUUGGUUCACUAAUCGUUUUCUGUACCCACUCAGCUUCGAACAUGUAGUAGCAACUUUUAGAUCUAGAGCCAUGUGAAAAAAGGCAGGUUUGACUUUAACCCAGAUGUUUAGGGAUUUUUCGAGCAGCAAACUGUGACAGUAUGUAUGCAUUGACAAUUUAAAGCUGAAGUCUGGACCGGUUUCCAUGCUUUUGGGGGCGGAUUUCCUUUGUCGUCCCUUUA